ACUUAUCUUGGAAGUUGUAACGACGACCUACCUGAAGCUCCCAACACCGAAAUUCCCUCUUCCCAUUUCCGCCAUGGGAACUCUGCAACUGCAACUGCAACUGCAGAGAUACCCUGUGGCACAAUUCCAACCCGACACCGACAAAAUUCGACGCAACCUCAUCCAAAAGGGCGUCAAUCCAACACCCAAAAUCAUCCACACUCUCCGCAAAAAGCAAAUUCAAAAGCACAAUCGAAAACUGAAGCGCGAAGCCAAACAAUCCCCUCCUCCACUCACCGACGCCCAAUUGCAAACCUUGUCGGAAGAGCAACACUUCCAGACACUGAAACACGAAUUCAAGGAAUUCACGAAAGCAAUUGAAGCCGAAACCCACGCCAACGAGACUAAGCCUUUAUUGAUGGCGGGGAAGCCCUGGGAAGGGGUUGAAAAGGUUGAGUUUCUGGAGCAGGCGAGGGCGUGCAAGGAGUACAGAGGAGAGAAGCUCAAGAGGGAGAGCCUAAUGGAGCUGAAGGAACUCUUUCAGGCUCGGAAGAUGGAUGAACUCAUGUGGCUUUUCGAUGAUGACCUAGAAAUCGACGAGCUUUGUUUCAAUCAGAGCUAUGGGGUAAGGAACAAGACUCGUAAUCGCAGCGAGAGUGAGGCUAUAAGGUUUCUCGUUGAUAGGCUGAGUGAUAGGGAGAUUACUAUGAGGGAUUGGAAGUUUUCGAGGAUGAUGAAGUUGUCGGGAUUGCCAUUUACUGAGGGUCAGUUGUUGAAGAUUCUUGAGUUGCUUGGUGCUAAAUGCUGUUGGAAGCAAGCUCUUUCUGUGGUCCAAUGGGUGUACAAUUAUAAGGAUAACAGGAAAUUUCAAAGCAGGUUUGUCUAUACAAAACUUCUUGCAGUUCUUGGGAAGGCAGGGAGGCCAAAGGAAGCCCUUCAAAUUUUCAAUUUGAUGCGUGGAAACAUUCUUGUGUAUCCUGAUAUAGCUGCAUAUCACAGCAUUGCUGUCACACUUGGUCAAGCUGGUCUUCUGAAAGAGUUACUGAAUGUUAUGGAAUGCAUGAGGCAGAAACCCAAAACAUUCAAAUUUAUGUAUGGCAAGAACUGGGAUCCAAUUCUUGAACCUGAUGUGGUUAUAUACAAUGCUGUGCUUAAUGCUUGUGUUCCAUCAAAGCAGUGGAAAGGAGUGUCAUGGGUUUUUAAGCAACUGAGGAAAAAUGGUCUACAACCUAAUGGAGCAACUUAUGGACUUGCAAUGGAGGUAAUGCUGGAAUCAGGCAAUUAUGACCUUGUCCAUGAGUUAUUUGGAAAGAUGACAAGAAGUGGGGAAGUUCCAAAAGCCCUUACUUAUAAAGUGCUGGUCAGAACUUUGUGGAAGGAAGGUAAAAUAGAUGAAGCUGUAGAAGCUGUCAGGGACAUGGAAGGAAGGGGAGUUAUUGGAACAGCUAGUGUAUAUUAUGAGCUAGCUUGUUGCCUUUGCAACUAUGGGAGGUGGCAAGAUGCUAUUCCGGAGGUUGAGAAGAUUAGAAGUCUUUCUCAUGCCAGGCCUUUGGAGGUUACCUUCACUGGCAUGAUUAAAUCUUCCAUGGAUGGUGGACAUAUUGAUGAUUCCAUAUGCAUAUUUGAAUACAUGAAAGAGAACUGUGGUCCUAACAUAGGGACCAUAAAUACAAUGCUGAAAGUUUAUGGCCAGAAUGAUAUGUUUUCUAAAGCCAAAAAUUUAUUUGAGGAAGUUAAGGUAGCCAAUUCAGAGUUUAAUGCCAUCUCAGAGGGUGGUAAUAGCUCUGUUGUCCCAGACCUGUACACAUAUAACUCAAUGUUGGAAGCUUCAGCUAGUGCACAGCAAUGGGAAUACUUUGAGCAUGUAUACAGAGAGAUGAUUCUCUCCGGUUAUCAGUUGGAUCAAAAUAAACACUUGUCAUUACUUCUUAAAGCUUCAAGAGCUGGCAAGUUACAUUUACUGGAGCAUGCAUUUGACAUGAUUCUGGAAGCUGGAGAAAUUCCCCACCAUCUAUUCUUUAUGGAAUUGGUGAUUCAAGCUAUAGCUCAACAUAGUUAUGAGCGAGCUAUUAUCUUAAUCAACACCAUGGCUUAUGCGCCAUUCCGAGUGACUGAAAAGCAGUGGACACACCUGUUUAAGGAAAGUGAAGACAGAAUUAGUCAUGAAAAGUUAGAGCGCUUGUUGGAUGCUCUUGGUAAUUGUGAUGUUGAAUCAGAACCAACGGUCUCUAAUUUAUCAAGAUCAUUGCAUGUUCUUUGUGGAUUAGGUACAUCUAGAAACCUCUCUAGUAUAAUCCCUUUUGGAAGUGAAAGUACUGAGGGAAUUAAUGAUCGUAGAAAGGGAAAUGUGCCAAAUAUUUCUGGGAGAAUGAUGGUUGAAGAUGCUGAAUCUGAGCAUGAAAACACUCUUGUUGGCAGUUACCAUACUGAGCAUACCUAUAAUCAUGAUCAAGUUGAUGAACAAGAUAAUAAUGAUCUCAUGGUUUGCAGGCCUCAAAACUCUAAUGUUGAGGAUGGAACAGGUUUAUGUGCUGAUAAGCUGGAAUGUUCUGAUAAUCUGGCACCUGUCAACUCUGAAGAUGAUGUUGAUGACAAGCCCUCCGCAUAUGAAAUAUUAGAAGAAUGGAAGGAAAUGAGAAAGGAGGGUGGGAGCUUGUUACACGCUGAACUUGGUUAUGGCUAGUGAUAGCAAGUUGUUUUAAAUAUGCUAGCCGAACAGGGAUGAGGAAGUUAUCCUGUUACAACAAUGUUCAUCGUAAAUUAGCUUGUUUUGAUCAACCUAGAGAUAUCUGCAAAUGUUAGCAAACUGUCCAACUAAUUGACUAGAAUAGUGUUAUUUUAGAAGCUAUUUAUCAUACUAAAAGUGUUUUAAAACUAAGUAACAGUGUAUAUUAUUUGAACAGAAAACUUUAUGUGAAGUAAAAGUAAAAGGCGUCGUACAUCAAAAUAUAAUAUACUAAUGUUUUGAAAC